AUGUGGAGACUACAAAUCGUUCUGGUACCGCCAAGUGCCCGGGAUGCCAUUCUGCUUCUCGACGCAAAUACAACUAUUAACGAUACUUCUCAACAGGCAUUUCCCAUGCUUCAGCAUAUAGAGGACCAUAUUACGAACAGCAACAACAAAAGCAUCAGCAACAACGAUAACGAUAGCUCUUCCGUGACUAGCUCAUCUUCCCGUAGGAUGGUUCAAUCAAAUGAUGGUAGGGAUAUUUUAAACCUUCUCCCGAACUGCAAGAAAUUUCUACAUUUCACGAACGAUAGUAAUACCCUCUUACAACUUUCCAGUGAAAUCCUAACUAAAGUUGAUAAACUCUAUCCCGAUUUUAAUCAAGCCAUUGAAAUCGUAUCUCUACAAGAUAGGCAUGGUUGCGAUCUGGACUCCCAAUUCAUGAUAAAAGAUGUAUUCGAAACUGAUGGAAUCGUUUUGGUGAUCUUAAAGGAUGAGUUGGACUGCAAUGAAAGCCAACAAGUUUCAGUUUUCCAGAUAGGAAGACAGCGAAAAAGAAUCAACAAUAAUUCACCGGCAAGAAGACUCUCAGUAACUGAGAGAAAAAAGAAAAUUCCCAACGAAGACUUAUCCUCUACACCAAAUAAAGACUCUAUGCACCCAGUAGCUAAGAACUCACUCAGGAAAAACUUCAUCAAUAAAUCAAGGGUCUCAACUCCUUUGAUGAACGAAAUUUUACCGGUUGCAAACAGUCACGAAAUACUGAAUAAAGAAAAGGCUUUUGUACGAGCAUCUCCGGUAAUACUUGUCUCAAACGCACAUACAGAUCUACCAAGGAAUUACAGCACUGACGGAGAAACUAAAGUGCAUGAAGGUGAUAACAAUAAAGAAAAUAUACCCUCAUAUAAUGAAAAGCAGGAAAAUAGGAACACGAAAUCGCUCGAGGCAGAAACCCCAGACGAGCAGUACAAUUCAUCAGACGAUCAUGAUUUUGAGCCGACACUUGAUAGUUCACAACAGGUUUCAUAUGACUCGAUCGAUACCGAUUUCCAAUUGAGCAAUACCUCUUCUACAAAUUCUGAUAUGCAUAUGCAACAUUUCAAAUCACCUAGCAUGGUCCGUAGCCCCAGAAAGAGUUCUUUGGAGAUUAAAGUUCAAAAUAAAAGAAGUGAGAAUUUGUCUCCGAACGAUAAAGAUGUGAGUGAGAAUUAUAGAAGAAUAGAGAAUUUUUCAGACGAAGAAGAUUUGAAUGACAUGGACAACAGUCAUGCAGAUUCGUUUGUGAAUAAUUCCAAGAAGGCUUCAAUGAAUUUUCGCGAUGUUGGUUCUGACUUGGAGAACGUUUCUUUUACCAGUGAUAUUAAUGACGCAGUUCAAAGUACUCAAACCACUAAGAAUGCAGUUUCUCCUUCUUCGUCAUCUAAAAAUAAUAACCGGCAAAACCCAAAGGAAGCGAAAGAAGAGCUGUUUAAUUUGAUUGAAAAUGAGUUCCCUGAUAAAUCCUCAGUUACCAUCUCAGCCAAACCGCGUGAGAAAAGUAUAAAAAUACAAGAAACGAUUCGGAUACUAAAUAGAUUCAAACCAAUUGAGGACGCUAAGACUCAAAAAAAAAAGAGUAUAACGGAGUCAUCCUUCAGGAAAUUUCCCUCGACGAUAGGAGAUAAAGCGCAAUCCAAUAUUCCAGAAGAUGUACACAAAUCUACCAAAGACAACAAUAAAAGUAUAAAAGUUGGUAGAGUAAAAGUGAAACGAAUGAUUGUUGAUGCCGAAGCAAAAGUCAGAGAAUUCAAAAAAAAAAGAAAUAUGGGGAACAAGUCUUUAAAGGAUAUCUUUGCUAAUGCGGGAAGAACAUCAAAGGCAAACUCAAGCAUAAAGGUUGUUAAACUGACGAGGGAUCCUGUUGAUAAUUCAAAGGGGAAAACAGAGACGGUUCUCAAUAGUGGACUACAGGUACAAAAUUCGGAUAUGGCGUCAAGUCUUGGACCAUCUAAGGAAUCGACUCCUGAAGAGGUGAUAAAUCGUCAAACAACACCAUUCAGUAUUCCAAAAACAUCUUCCUCCAAUAUUGCACCACACUUCAAAACAAUUAAGGUUACAAGGUCGAAUAGUUCUUCUUCUUCAUCCUCUUCCAUUUCUUCUGCAUCUUCUUCAGAUGGCUCUUCAGCAGAUGAAUCCCAUAAUCGUUCUAGUGCAAGAAAUAUCCAAGUUAGAAAACUUAGCUUAAAAACGUUUCACGAGCCAAUUCGAGAUUCUUCUGACCAACGUAUGUCAGAUGUAGAAGGGGACUAUGCAAAAAAGUAUCAGACACCUAAAUAUAUUGAGAGCGAUAAAGAUGAUGAGUAA